ACUCGUUUCAGGUGUCCAUAGUGAGCGCGAGCUGCGGCUUGAGAAGGGGUCACACAGGCGCUAUAAAGCACACAGAGAGAAGCGAAGUUCUCACGAAGAAGCGGACUGCAAUUUAGCAAACAUCCUCGAAACGCAACUUAUAAACAACAGCCGGAUAACACAAAACCACACUUGAGAAACCCAGCACAAGACAGGAUUAUUCAACACACAGCUGACGACGCUUUUCUGAACUUGUUGAUAUGAAAGCUUUUUGUGCAAAACAUUUAGCUGGAGCUCACCGGUGAACCGCAAGCCCUUAUUUUCGCGUCUCAAAUGACAUGCACCACACCGUCUCCCGGAUCUGUGCUACGAUCUUGAGCUCUGAGGAAGCCACCAAUGGCAGGAAUCAGUGCAAACGCAUCGCGAAAUAAGAAGUGGGAGAUGGAGGAAUGCGACCAAUAUCAGCACUAUUUCUACGACGACCUCAACUUGGACGAGGACUUCUUUUUCAAAUCGACCGCACCGAGUGAGGACAUUUGGAAGAAAUUCGAGCUCGUGCCAACCCCGCCCAUGUCGCCUGUCAGGAUACUGGAAGGGACCGGUCCAUCUCCUGGGGACAGACUAGAGUGGAUGUCCCAGUUCUUGGGGCAGGACGACGAGCAGGAGGGACAGUGCAAACUGAACGCGGAGGAAACUCUGGAGAACUUGAGCUCCAUCAUUAUUCAGGACUGUAUGUGGAGCAGUUUCUCCGCAAGUCAGCAGCUGGAGAAAGUUGUUAGCGAGCGCUUGUCCUGCUCGGCGCAGUCGAAGCUCUCCAGCAAGGCGCAGUGCGUCCCUGCGGACAACAGCUUGGCGACUGAUUGCGUGGAUCCAGCAGCUGUCCUUACCUUCCCCCUGAGCAGCAGCUGCAAGAAACCGGUGUCAUCCGGGUCAGAAUCUCGCACCGACUCCUCUGAUGAUGAAGAGAUUGAUGUUGUGACGGUGGAACAUAAGCAGAACAAGUCCCGUUUGGUGAACGCCCGUAAACCAGUGACCAUCACGGUUCGUGCAGACCCCUAUGACCCUUGCAUGAAGCGUUUCCACAUCUCCAUUCACCAGCAGCAGCACAACUAUGCUGCCCGCUCUCCUGACAGCUAUCCUGAAGAGGAGCCGCCUCGCAAGAAGAUCAGGCAAGAGACCUUGCAGCCACGAUUGGGUUCCACACCCCAAACCCCAGAAAGAAAAACCCCCUUACCUUCCCCCUCAGUCCCCACCCCAUCUCAGACGGUCUCCGCUUCUCCAACACACACAUCCUACCACCUCAAAUCCCAACCAUCCAGCCCUCAGAGUUCGGACUGUGAGGACACGGACAAGCGUAAGACACACAACUUCUUGGAGCGGAAAAGACGCAAUGACCUACGCUCCCGAUUUCUGGCCCUACGGGAUGAGAUCCCAGGCCUGGUUGACUGUCCAAAGACACCCAAAGUUGUGAUCUUGACCAAGGCCACAGAAUACCUGCGUACUCUGCAUGUCAGCGACAAACAGAAGGCCCAGGAGAAGAAGCAGCUGAAAAAGAGGCAACAGCAGUUACUGCGGAGACUCGCUGAACUGAAGCGUGCAUAAACCUUCAUAGUCCAGCCAUAUUUUCAAUAGGAACUGUGUAGGACUGCGUGUUUUUUUUUUUUUUCUUUUUUUCCUUUCUUUCCAAAAGUGGGAUAUUUAAUGGAACGGACUCUAUAUUUUGAGAUUAGUUCUUCAGUUUUUGUUCUUUGCACACUUGCCUUCGCAAUGGGGGAGACGUACUUGUGGAAGCUGUGGAACUGGUUCAAACAUUUUCCAAAGUGGGUCAUUAUUUCUGGUUUUCAUUUGAAAUUUGAAGAUUUAAACCAUGAAUGUGUGUUAUCUUAAAUUCUUUCGUGAAAGCUAUAGUAUUUGGGGGGGAGAAGUAUUUUUUUGUAUCAUUGAAUUAGCAUGCCAAAUUAGGCAUUAUUUGAAAUGUAGCAAUUUAUAUGCAUGUGUAAUCGAUCUUCUAAAUCAAGCCCUUUUUUUGUGGCAGAAUCUUGAAUUUAUCUGGGUAAAUAUAUUUAAGGGUCUUUGAUCAAUGUGGCUUCUCCGUUAAUAGUGCUUUCUCUAAAGUAACCUAAAUAUAAGGAGAGCUGUGUGCCCCCAUUGCCACAUACGUUUAACAGACAGGAAGUUGCAUCACUGUUCCUUUGUUACAUUUUUUUUUUUUUUCUCUUCAGUUUUUGUAUGUUAUUGUUAUCUUGAACAUUCAGGACAGUGUCAGCCUUGCAGUGUAUAUAAACUGUGGCAUAUUCUUCGGACAUAUGUAUAUAAUUGUAGUGGUGUACAGGACAUUGUGUAAAAAUACAUGCUUUGUGUUUUGAGUAUGUAAUCAGCACUGUUAAUAGACUUUAUUUUCUA